UACUCAGUUAUCUCCUCUUGGAGAUUAUUAUCAAUUACAGCUGUGGGUGAAGGAGGCUGCAUUGCAAAGAUAAAAAUAGCAGCUUUUCUUCUCUCUCUGUAAGAAACAAAAUGGUGAGCAUCCUGGAUUCAGUGAAUAACAACAACCCACGAUUCCUGAGAGUCCUGUUGGCUGUUCCACAGUCCAUCAAUAAACGAGAACUGGAGGCGGCCUUCCUUCAGAGCUCAAAACUAGGUCAUCCGGAGUGUAUCCAAUGCAUUCUGGAUACUGGGAUAGACACUGAAAUUCAGGACACCAAUGGGAAAACCCCUCUAUUUAUAGCUGUAGAAUAUGACAAACCAGCUUUGGUGGAAAUUCUGUUGGAAUCCAUGUGCAAUGUUAAUGUACGAGGUCCCGGGCAAUCCACACCAGUUCAUCUGGCAGCGAAACUUUUCCACAAUGAGUGUCUUCAACUUCUUGUGUCGCACAGAGCUAAGCUUAAUUGCUGCGAUUCUUGUGGGAAUACCCCAUUGAUCAUCGCCACAAAAUACGGAAACUACGAAGGAAUAAGAAUUCUUUUGAAGGCGGGAUGUGACGUGAAUAUUCCCAAUAAAGAAGGAUGUACUGCUUUACAUUACGCCAGCCAUAAGGCUCAAGGCGUGAACCUCCUGUUGGCUGCAGGGGCAAAUCCGAACGUCAGAGAUCAGGACAAUAUAACUCCUCUCAUCAUGGCUGCAAGCGAAGGAUUCGACGAAGUUGUUAAGGCUCUGGUGAAAGCAAAAUGUGAUGUCAAUGUGCAAAACAACUCAGCAAGAAAAACGGCACUGCACAUUCUUGCAUGGAAAGGCCAUUCUGACUGCAUCAAUGACCUGAUUCUCGGAGGAGCAGACGUCAACAUUUACGACAAGUUUCACCACACCCCUCUGUGGUGUGCAGUCAAACAAAAACGACUCGAAGUUGUGAAACUCCUCUUAAGAGCCAACGCUCUUGUGGACACAUUUCAGUGCUUACCCACAAUUCCCUCUGAGGCUUGCCCUGUCCGACUGGCUCUGUCCGAGGGAAUGAUAAACAUCAUAAAGCUGUUUGUUCUGACAGGAUUUGACAAGGGACAUUUACGUGCGCGACUGCAAGAAGCCGAACUGAGAGAAAAGAUCGGCAAGCAUUCGGACAUCGAGCAGUGGCUGCUUCAUGCGGAGGGGGUGCUGACCUUGAAACAGCUCAGUCGCCAGUGGAUACGGCACCACCUGGGCCUGGCUUUCUACCACCACCUCCAUUUACUGCCCAUACCCCCCGCCAUGAGGGACUUUAUUUCAAUGAAGGAGCUCGAUGAAGAGCUACACUGACCUAUAUGAUAGCUUUUACAGAUUGAGAUUCAGAUUUCUACAAGAGCUUAUUACCUGGUACAUCAAAAGUAACACUGAUUUUAGCAAAAAUGCAGACACCUACUAUUUAUAAAGGUUCUAUCAGUUUAUAAGGUUGUACUUGUUUGAAGUGAAUUAUAUCACAGUUUGAAAUAAAUUCAUAUUAAUAUUUUA